AUGUAGCUAAAAGAUGUUGCGCCUACUGCAAAAGUCAAUUUGCUAGGCUCUGCAACACCACGCUAGGAAUUAGGAAGAAGUAGCCAGUCUCCGAGAAGUCAGAUUGGUCCUUCAUAAACUUUAAUUUGCAUAUCCAUAACUCUUAAGGGCGAACAGACGAGAAAACAGUUUUGGUGUCUCCCAACCCCUUUCUUCCUUAGACUGGAUCCUAAUGAAAGAAAUUCCACGAGGGAAAUGGGUGUGGUCUGCUGACUGCUGGGAACAGUCAGUAAAGCUCAUAAUGGAAUCCUAGCUAGAGCCAUGUGAGGACAAAGGUGUCCCUGCAGUUUGUUUUAAUCUUUAAGACGGUCUUCAUCCAGGCUCUUGUUGAACUCAAUGCUCGCACGCGCACACACAUACACAUGCACGCACACACACACAUACACAUACACACACAUACAUACACACACACACACACACACACACACACACACACACACACACACAGAAGGCUGUCCAUAUGAUAUUCAUUCCCUCAUGACUUUUCACAAGCUCUGGCAGAAACGAAUCAGAUAAAUGGAGGUUUCGCAACUUCCAUCAGAAACGUUGGAAGGCAUGUCUCCUCCUAGCUAGCCUAGGCCCACAGUGGGUGCCUUUGCACCUUCCUUCACCAGGAGUGACAGUCCUGGUCCCACCUGCUUACUGGGGCCUUGCUCAAGAUACUUCAUAGUCAGUGACUGUUUUCUUCCUUCCUAAUGGUGUAAACCUUAGUGAUUUUGGUUGAUUUAGAUAGUAAAGCGCUUAGGACACUGCCUAACACGGCUACUGCUAAAUGCUAUUUAAUUGUCAAAGAUCUGGAAACUGAUGUCUAAAUUUACUAGUUUGCCAUCCAGAACCCACAGCUCCUACGAGAACCAUUAGACUCCGAAAGCAAAUGUCUUAGAGUAUAAACAAUUGGAUUUACUCUAACUCAAGAGCUGCCAUGAAUGAGCCAUGGAGAGCUUUUGUUAAUUAUAAAAGGUUUAGUCCUUAGUUUCCUUGUUCACAACUAACUUUUAUAACUUAAACUAACCCACUCAUAACUUAAACUAACCUAUGCUCUGCCAUGUGGCUGGUUACCUCUCCUCAGUUUUAUAUGUCUGUCUUCCUCCUUGUCUGGAUGGAGAACCUUCCCUCUCCCAAGACUGACUGAAGAAUCUCUCCUCUGGAUCUCAUUGACAAACCUCACUCCUCAGGCUCUUUCCCAGAGUUCCUAACUCUGCCUGAAGUUCCACCUAUCAUAUCCUUCUUUGCUAUAGGCUGUCCAACUCUGUAUUAAACCAACCAGAAGGUGUUGGAGGAUGUUUACAAAACACCAAGACAGGUGAGGUUUAACAAUACAAAGUCUGCCCUGUACACAGAUCUCUGCUGGUACAGAAAUUGCCAUUUGAAUAAUACAAAGGCAAUAUUCAUGCAGUGCACAAAAAGGUCACCCCAACACUACAAGAAGGUCUAGAGGGAGGGCAUGCCACAUAAUGUUGCAGAAAGCUCCAGGUCCUUCUCCCCCUCAACCAUCCCGUGGUCUGGGUUUUUAGUUUAUUUUGCUGUUGUCUGGGGUCAGAUUUCAUUGUUAGGAAUCAAGCCAGCAGGUGCUGUCACUGUCCUGUGGCCAUUCCUGGCUCUCACCCUGAAUUGGUCCUGCCCAGAACAGACCAGAGUGUGUAUAGAAACAUUCGUCUGUCCACUUUGAGCUUCCAUUGCUUUCCUAUCACACACACAAAGUGAAUCCACAUUCCUACCAUGGCAGUUAGAACCUCAGAGUCACACACACUGUCAUCUUGAGCCCUCUUUUCUUUCCUUGUCCCUGGUGAAGAUGCUGGUCUUGUUAAGCAUCAAAUACCCGAAGCUAACUCCUUUGUGGGCAGCUCUUCCAGGACAGUCAAAUCUCCCCUUCUCCCUCUGUAACCCCCUAACACAGCUCUGCUAUGCAGCCAUUCAUUCCCUGCUGAACAUUUUCUGUUUGAUGGACCACCUUCUCUAGACACACCAACCCUCCAGUGCAGGGUUCACUCUGUUUCUCUGCCCUCUGCAAACUGCAUGGACCUAUAAUCACCCUAAGUGAGAGAAUGGCAUCUUUAAAGCCCAGGAUAGAGUUACUCACAUUGCAUCCUAAAGGGUGGCCCGCAAUCCCAGAAGUGUCAAUCUCAAAUCGUAUUUUUUUGACUUGAAUUUGUUUCACUUUUUUUUUUAACCAACAACAAAGGUACUCCAUGAAUAGUUAUUACAUAUUCAAAGGCAACUAGAUAUCUUCAGGGAGAGGUUCUGGUAUAUCCCUCAAUACUCACAGGCCCCGGAAAAAUACAGUCAUCAGAAAUACAUCCAAACUUCUCUAUAUACCAUCCCGUGCAACCAGAGAGACUUGUUUACUUUGUAGAGACCUCCAGAGCCUUUGCCCUCUUUCCCUGCAACCCUGCUACCCCAACCCUCACUGCUCUCGGACUACCACACCUCCCCUGUCCAGCUCCAACAGAGGCCGUAGCACCUGUGGAGAGAGUGAUCCUGACUGUCUUUCCAGCUGUUUCUCUGCCGCUAGGUGCUGUUACGAAGUUCCUGGACGUUCCCUGGCUUUGCUUGCAGAGCCCAGGGUCUAGUUCCCUUGGUAACAGCAUCCUGGACCUUAUUUCACAGCGGGUCUCCACAGGACUAGACCACUUGUCUGCCCAGGGAGUGCACCGCAUCGGCUUCUGGGAAUUGUAGUUUCGCCCACAAAGCCACUCGGCACAGGCGCACUUAAUCACUUUUUGCUCCUCGGCUCCCUCUGAGAAAAGGAGUCCAAAAACCCAAGGGCUGCAGCAAGGAGAUUUGUGGGAAUUUGGCUUCCGGGCCCCUGGACGAACGCGCAGGCGCGGCUCCGCGUCCAGCAGCAGGAUCCUGCUCAUUGUGUCUUGUCUGCACUGUCGAGGCUAUGCUGUGUCGCCUCCGCAGUGGACAAUCUUCUAAGGGAAGUCCCACAGUGACCUGCAGUAUCCAGAGAGCGAAGGUAUGCAGAUGCUUCUAGCCAGAGGAAUCCCACAGCUGUAAAGCUCCUCGCCUGUCUCCUCCUGCUCAGUGUUCCUCAGCUCACCAAAGAAAAGGAAUGGCUGUCAGCUACUUCCCAGCCCUGGUCCAGGACUUGGUGACCUUCAAGGAGGUGGCCGUGCUCUUCACCCAGGAGGAGUGGGGGUGGCUGAGCUCUGCCCAGAGGGACUUGUAUCAGGAUGUGAUGCUAGAGAACUACAGUAACCUGGUCUCGCUGGCAGGUCUCUUGGAAUCCCUACCAGACAUGUUCUUUCCCCUGGAAGAAGUGGAAGAACGUGUGUCAGAGGAAGCUCCCAAGGGCUUUGUUCUGGGAGGGAUGACUAUGGCCGUGAGUAAGAAAUUCCUUCAGGCAGAUAUCCCUGAGAAAGGAUCAGAUCAAUGGAUUACGGAGCAGAGAGCCACCAGAGAGACUCACUGGGUGUGUGCUGAGGAAGGUCAGGAGGUCAAGCCGAAGCAAGCAGUCCUCACCCAUCAGGACACUCCAUCAAAGCUGAGUGAGCAGAAAGUUGGGGAGUCUGACAAGGGCUGCACAGCGAGCUCCUCACCCAUUCGAAGUCAGAGAUCUCAAGCAAGCCAAAGAGCUUUCGAAUGCAACAGAUGCGGAAAAGUCUUUUCUAAGGGUUCCAUCCUUAAGAAACAUCAGAAACUUCAUAUUGAAAAACUCAACCCAAGUCAGAAAACACUGGUGAAAGAAAAACGGUAUGAAUGCAGAGAAUGUGGGAAAACCUUCCACCAGAGUACACACCUCAUCCAUCACCAAAGAGUUCACACUGGUGAGAAACCGUAUGAGUGUAAGGACUGCGGCAAGGCCUUCUCAGUGAGCUCUUCGCUUACCUACCACCAGAAAAUCCACACCGGAGAAAAGCCUUUCGAAUGUAAUAUUUGUGGAAAGGCCUUUAUCCGGAACAUACAUCUCUCCCACCAUCAUAGAAUACAUACCGGAGAGAAACCUUUCCAGUGCAACGUUUGUGACAAAGCUUUUGUUUGCAGAGCACAUCUUACCAAACACCAGAACAUCCACAGUGGCAAGAAGCCCUAUAAAUGUAGUGAGUGUGGGAAAGCCUUCGGUCAGAGUACAAGUUUCCUGCAGCAUCAGAGGAUCCACACUGGAGAGAAGCCCUUUGAAUGCAAUGAGUGUGGCAAGGCCUUCAGGGUGAACUCUUCCCUUACUGAGCACCAGAGAAUCCACACUGGGGAGAAACCGUAUCAAUGUAUUGAAUGUGGCAAAGCAUUCAGGGAUAAUUCAUCCUUUGCUCGACAUCGGAAAAUGCACACCGGAGAGAAGCCUUACAGAUGUGGUUUGUGUGAGAAAGCUUUCAGGGACCAGUCAGCCCUAGCACAGCACCAGAGAACUCAUACCGGGGAAAAGCCUUACACGUGUAACAUAUGUGAGAAAGCCUUCAGUGACCAUUCAGCCCUUACCCAACAUAAGAGAGUUCACACGAGAGAAAAACCGUACAAAUGUAAAACCUGUGGGAAAGCUUUUUUCCGAAGCACACACCUCACUCAACACCAGAGGAUUCACACGGGGGAGAAACCUUACAAAUGUAACAUGUGCGGGAAAGCCUUCAACCAGACUGCAAACCUCAUUCAGCAUCAGAGGCAUCACAUUGGAGAAUGGUGAUAGGAAGGCAGUUCAUAAGUGCUGUGGGAAUGAUGUCAUUAGUUAUUGAAUAGAAGAGAGGCCACAAUCACAAUGGAGUCUUUUAUCAGGAUGGUUGUAUUUACUGGCAGUCGGUUUCAUAAUGCCUCGGGUCUUGAGAAUCUUAGUGGUGAACGCACCUUGCUCUUCAGUCUGCCUCGUUUAGAUAGCAGUGCCUUUUUAUUGCCCUGAAUUACUGACUAUUAGAACCAACAUGAAACUUCAUUAAAAGCAUAAAUGUCAGCUUGUCAAAUUCGCAACUGGUUAAGAUAACUACAGGGGCUGGGGAUGUAGCUCAGUAGUAGAGCGCUUGCCUAGCAAGCGCAAGGCCCUGGGUUCGGUCCCCAGCUCCGGAAAAAAAAAAAAAAGAUAACUACAAAAUUAUGAAACUUAAGAUUGAGAAGCAAAGGAACAAAAUACUAAAGGGAAUGGUCUAUACGCAUCUUCUCACGUGAGCAAGUAGCCUGCUGGCUUUAAUAGAACCCUUUGUCUCCCCUCAUCCAUAUCCCUGAUGCCUGGUAUACAGCAGGUGCCAUCAGUAAGUCAAGCACCAGCCAAGAAUCAGUGACUUUGUGCCUCUCAGGCUCCUGCUUGUUUCAGCUACCCUCUGUCAAAUCUCCUGGGUCUGCCUGCCCACUUUCUUCUUAGGAAGUUCUAGGAAGGUUCAUUUGAAUUGCGUGACCAUCUUCUGACUUAGUUUCAACUUUUACCACCAUUUUCCUUGUUAUCACCACCCUGGACCUCAUUCAUAGUGCAAAUCAGAAGUGCAAAAUCAGCAGGAUCCAUGAGUCUAGAUUUUGUACCCAAAUCCAGCUUUCAGAACUCAAGGUCUCUUUCUGGAGGCAAAAGUCAUCAAAGGUACUGUGCCACCCAGUUGUACCUACCUCGGCUAACUAUGAUCCUGGUAUGAUUCCUAGGUAAGGGCUUUCCAUGAUAGCCAUUACCCUCUCGCCAGUCCAAACCAUAGUAAAGUCACAGUGUCCACAGGAGUAAGAGGCCUGCUCAAUUUCAAGCGGGAUGUGGUUGUGGCUCCUAUCCACUUCCACUUUUGUGACUCGCCAUCUCCUCCAUAUACAGUUGACCUGAGAUGAGGGAUCUAAGCCCAGUUCUCAGAUGCUCUGACCCAUUUCCUGUUCCUGGUCAGUGCUCUGUGGCUACUGCCUUAGAGUGUAUCUGCCACUCCCGUAUUAUUGAACUGUGUGUCCGGGUCUUCACCUAGCUUUUCAUUGGAUUUCUGAAGGUUUUAAUUCUGUGUUCUAUAAAAAGCACUAUGCUAAUAAUUUCUGCCUAUAUAUUUGAAAGUUCCUUUCUUUUCGUCCAUGGGGCAUCCUACCACUUAAAGUCUCUACUGUUCUGACAGGGGUGAACAACAUAUCGAACAGUUCCAUAGGUCCCGAGAUGAAGGAGGGUACCGUUGACAUUCUCUGACUAUGGCCAGACCCAGGCCCAAAAGACUGUGACAAGCUAGACCUGCAGGCAGGUCUUCUGUCAUUGAUCCCUCAAUACCUUUUGUAGAAAUCACAUUCACAACCAGGCAUCUUCAUGUAUGCAGUCCCUGUAGACGCUCUCUUCUACACCACAAGGAACAGAAGGAGUCCGUACCAGUGCGAGGCGGUACGUGUUUCACAGUGAGAAUGGAAGAACCAAUAAAAUCAUUCCAGGAGGCUGGUUCCUGGUUCCUGGUUUGUAGAAGUACCGUUAAUGAAAUCAGAUGCUCUUGUCCCCUGAAGUUAAAGAAAAGGACAUUCUGUAUUGUGUCACACUCUGUUGGCCCACACCUGGAAGUUUUGGGCACCUUCAAAGCCUAAAUUGAGUUUUCAGCAAACAAAGCCCACCUGUGCAGGCAAGCCUCCCCUGUUAAGGGACUGAAAACUCACGUCUUCACUCACGCAUGUAAAGGGUAUUUCAAGAGGUUACCUGGCACUUCCGGGGUGGUGUACUCACAUCCAUUGCAGUCUCACCUGGCUAGACCUGCAGAGUGCAUUAACCUGCCGCGACCUGCUUCCUGUUACUGACGUCUCUUUUCUGUACUAUCCAUACGACCUACCCUGUCCUUUCUCAGAUAAACCCUUCUUGGUCUUUA